AUGGCGAACAUGCUACCCCUCAUCGCGCUAGCUCUGACACUCGGUGAUCACACCCUCGCACAAGCCUCGUGCACUUACGCCUCUCUCCAGUCUCUCACCUCAACCUACGUCGACUCCCAAACUCAGGGCGACCCCACGCUCCUCAUAUCCAACUCCCUCCUCCCAUCCAUCACAUACACCGAAAACUUCAAACCAAGCAGCCUCAGCACAUCGAUCCUCUCCACCCCUCUCAAAAUAGACCACACCCGUUCUCUGCACGACACAACCCAAUGCGCAACCUACACCGAAAUCAUCGUCGCAAACGGUGAGGCUCACUACGUCAUCGGGACCCAAAUCCGACUGGGCGAAGACGGGGAGAGCGUGGAGAAGAUCGAGACUAUUGUCACGACCGAGGGCGACUGGUUGUUCAACGCCACAGCCACGCUCUACUACGCCUCUCGCGAGGACUGGUUCACCAUCCCCGAGGAAGAAAGGGACACUCGGGAGGCCAUUCAAGCAGGAGGAGAUGCGUACCUCGACCUCUUCAACGAUCCUACCGUCCAGGUGCCGUGGGGGCAACCAUGCGCCCGCCUCGAAGGCGGGAUUUACUCUGGGACUAUCCCCCCGAGUCCAGAUGAUACGUGCAACGUAGGUGUUCCUGAGGGCAUGCCAAUCGUAGAUAGGCGGUAUGUGAUUGACGAGACGGUUGGUGCGGUGGAUGUGUUUGUGGAUUUCAAUGGCCCUGGUGGGAGACCAGAUAGUCACGAGUUCAGGCUUGAGAAGGGGAAGCUGCGGUUUGUGCACACCCUGACUUACAUGAGGGGGUAA